UAUCAGCAAUUUACUCCUCAGGAAUCUGAUGUCUGGCCAGUUCUGAUAUGCAAGUCUACAAGUUGCUCUCAGCUGCAUCUGCAGGAUCUACAGUGAUCAAAACUAACAUGUUGCUCAUUUCCAAACCAAGGCUUGCCUUCCUCUCUGAGAGUGCUUCAGUUCUUCCAAAGUAAACUGAGCUGAUUAAAGAAUCAUGGAAUGAAGCACUAAUGUCACAUAAAACAGACUUUAUCUGCAUUCUACAGAGCAGGACAACCCGAAGGUCUCCCUGAGGCAUCCAGACAGUCACAUCUGCAGAGUCCAGGUGGAUGUUUCUCUGUAGUGGGAUUGAAAGAGUGCUGCAGUAUUGGAUCCGCAGUGGAACCACAAUCCGCGUGGGCACCCUGCCUAUGGGUCGGAGAUGCUUCAUGCCAGCAACUACUCCCUUGUGUUGUUGAUUCAGCUUAGUCUGCUCUCUUUUGACCUAUUUGUCAACUCCUUCAGCGAACUGCUGAGAACUGAACCGGCUGUCCAGUUGGUGCUUUUUAUCAUGCAGGACAUUUGUAUCCUGUUUAACAUGAUCAUCAUUCUGUUGAUGCUGUUCAACACGUACGUGUUCCAGGUUGGCCUGGUCGCUAUCCUGCUGGAGCGGUUCAGAGCCCUGCUAUUGCUCUCUACUCUCUACUUGACCUUCAGUAUCAUACUUCAUUCCUGGCUUAUGAAUCAGCGCUGGCUAAACACAAAAAGAUUCAUUUGGACAGAUGGUCUCCAGGUGCUGUUUGUGUUUCAAAGAUCUGGUGAGAUGCCAAUUUCAUUUAACCUUCUGUAGAGUAUAGAUUUUAUCCAUUUAUUGGGACAGCAUUACAAGAGUAAUGCUGUCCCAAUAAAAAGUACUUGUGCUGCAUGAAGCUUUUGAAAUUUUGUCAUAUUUAAAGUAUUUUAUUAAUAUUUCAUGUGGUAGACCAAGACAAAAUAAUAUCUAUGAAUAGGGUAGAAAAGAAGAAAUUAAAUCUUUAAUUUCAUUUAAAAUUAGACAUUUAAAAAGUUCCUCAGGUGUAAAACCUCUAGAUAGCAUCAAAUGCAACCAGAUGGUGCCAAAGUCACUAAUUGUGCCUGGUAAAAUAAAUAUUAGACAGCUGGACCAUUAACUCUACAAAUGCAUAUAGGACAAGUCGUAGAAGUUCAUUAAUUAAAAAAUAUGUUUCAUAAAAUAGAAGUAGAGGAGGCAGAAUCACUGAACACAUCACAGGUUCAGAGAGGUACUGUAAGAGGUGAAAUCAGUUCAAAUCCAUCAGUACUUCAAACACUAAUCUGCAAUUCAGACUGAAAAACUGUAUUGAAAGGCCCAGAGAAAUUUUAGUCAUAAUCAAGGUGUCACACAAGAGACAAUGACAUGAUGGGCAAAACCAAAAAGGAUAAUUUUCUAAAACCAUUGAAGCCAUAAAUCUACAGGACUAGAUGUUUCCCAGAGGAUCUAAGAGCCGUGACAUCAGACAUGUCUCUGAAAAUGAUGUGCUUACCUGCAUUUCCUGAUUGUGCUCAAAGCCUGCAAGACACUCUCUGUAGAAAAAAAAUUGUUGAAGCCUGAUUACAACAUUUUGGCACACCAAAGUGCUUAGACAACCCAGUCUGGGUUUUGAAAAAAGCGCAAAAACACCAUACCAACACAGACAUUCAGAGGGGAAACCAUCAUGGUAUGCGGUUUGAAGGCUCAUUGAGGGACAGAUGAUUUGAAAAAUAUACUAAGAAAUUAUCGAUAAAAUCUGCUGUCAUCAACCAGGAAGAUGAAGAUGAAACCAGGCACUAUCAGUAGACAAUGAUCUAACCCAGGCAGCCAACUGUACACCACACUUUACUUUUUAAGAAUUGUUUAAACUUCAACAUUAUAUGUUGCUUUUCAGCUUUUAUUUUAUAUCCUCCCCAAA